AUGUCUCAAACUUUCUCUAGCCUUUCUGAGGCUUUGAACAAAGCGGUGUCUGACACAUCAAGAUGGAAAGCCGACAACUUCAUAACUGAGGGACAAGAGAGGCGGUUCAGAAAAUGCCUGGAAACAAUAACAACAGGAAGGGAACCGAUGAAAAAAUCUUCAUCUCAUAGGACUACGACCAAAAGGUUUGAAAACAAGAUCACUUUCCUCCAGCAGGUCCACUCGAAUUUUGGCAAAGAGGUCUUUUAUCUAGCCACUCAGUUGCCGAGCAGAUCAUUGAGAGCAGAUGUCCGCCUGAAUUUGGAUGAAUUGGAACGAUGGGUCCCGACACAAAAUUUUGACGCGUCCCUGACUUCAAAGAUGCAGGAACUUUACGCGAAACACGCAGGAGAGGCCCCUGUCGAGCUCUAUCGAACGAUCAGCGAUGUCUUGUCAGCUUGCGGAAUUGAUAGGAAAUGCCUUGACGAUUGGGGAUGGGACCAACUCCUACAGCUGACGAACAUUCGUCUCAACACGCCGUAUCCUGCACUUCCGCACACUCCUUGGUCGUUCGAGACGGAGCCGUCGCCCUCGCUUCCGAAAUUUGGGGACAUGCUCUGCGAAUGGUAUCAUGGGAUAAGGAGCGGAACAUCCUUUCCCGGAGCGAUGUUGUUGGACGGUACCGAAAAGAAGCUGCGCGUGUUGAAUUUGCCAACACAAGCUUUAGUCGACUCAGCACUCCAAAGAGAGUGGCAAGCGUGGGCCGAGAAGAUCAUUCGGCGCCACCACAGCCUCGCUGACUCUAUCCAUUUGAACACCCUGACCGCAGACGCAAACAUCACGCCACGUUGUUCUAAGACAGAAGUCCACCAUGAUACCGUGCCGCACGUAUCGAUCGCGAUUGGAAAGCCUGGCCCCCUAAAGCUCUGGAUUGUAUGGCCCUCGUCGGAACUUAGCAAGCUCCCUUUGUGUAUGCGAAAUACUGCUGCUGCUCUGACAAAAAUGAACCACGGAUCAUUCUUUGUACAGAAAGCGAACGAGUGUGUCGUUGUGCCGCCCAACUCACCACACGCUGUCAUAGCGUUAGCAGAUUCGUAUCUUUACGGGCAUCAAUUCCGACCCUCGGCGAUAUACGAACCAUCCUCCAUUCAUGUUGAACUCGCUCACGGGGUUCCUCUUGCGACAGCUUUAGCGGACUAUGUGCAUACUUUUGGCCCGGGACUGGAAGAUCAGAAGUUCCGUGAAUGUUAUAUCAAAGACUUUUUGGAUUCAUGGGCACAUACAGCGCGCCAUUUUCGCGACUCUUCACUAUUGGAAGAACUCAUAGAUGCUUGGGUUCAGGACAUUGCUCGAAACCACGAUUGUGCGUGGUGCACGUACUCUGGGAUACCGUACGAUCCUAGGAUAGCUGAUCCCUAUGAGCAUAUAUGCGAUCACAUGGCGCUGGGAACCAUGUCAGGGUCAGGAUCGGACUCUGAUUUUGGUGAUGAUCAUUCAACUCGGAAAAGGAGACGAGCACGUCAGGGGCGGACUGCGACGCGCCGCACAUUCAAAAAAAACAAGCACAAGUGA